CCUUUCUAGUACAGAUGGUGAUAGUGUCGCUGAACAGCUGAACAACUUCUGACCGCUGGAAAAAAGCUCGUGAAAUCGUGAAGAACUAAAAUAAAAAUGCAAGUUAAUAUUUUGAGUAAAUUGCCUCAAAAUCUUAAGGUCACUGCAGCUGUCAGGAACCAAUUAGCUAACUGCAGAUGGUACUCUGACAGUACUGAAGCUGAUCUGGUGGUCAUUGGCUCGGGCCCUGGUGGUUAUGUUGCAGCUAUCAAGGCUGCCCAGCUGGGAAUGAAAACAGUCUGUGUAGAGAAAAAUGCAACCCUUGGAGGCACUUGCCUUAAUGUUGGCUGCAUUCCUUCCAAAGCACUAUUGAAUAAUUCUCACUACUAUCACAUGGCCCAAAGUGAAUUCAAAAAUAGAGGAAUUGAUGUUACUGGCCUUUCAUUGAACCUUCCUCAAAUGAUGAAAGCAAAAGAAACAGCUGUGAAAUCUUUAACUGGAGGAAUUGCUCAUUUAUUCAAGAGCAACAAAGUGACACACAUCAGAGGACAUGGUAAAAUUACUGGUGCAAAUGAAGUUACUGCUCUUAAAGAAGAUGGAACCCAGGAAAUCGUCCGAACCAAGAAUAUUUUGAUCGCAACGGGAUCAGAAGUGACACCAUUCCCCGGAAUCGAUAUCGAUGAAGAACAAAUUGUCUCGUCUACUGGCGCACUUUGUUUAAAAACCGUUCCAGAGAAAAUGAUUGUCAUCGGAGCAGGAGUCAUUGGUUUGGAAUUGGGAUCAGUGUGGUCUCGACUUGGAGCCAAGGUGACGGCUGUUGAAUUUAUGAAUCAAAUCGGUGGUUUGGGUAUUGAUCAAGAAAUGGCAAAAUCGUUCCAAAGAAUCCUCACCAAACAACACAUGCAAUUUAAAUUGGGAACCAAAGUGUUGGGAGCACAAAAAUCCGGCGGAAAAAUCAUUGUGAACGUCGAAAAUGUCAAAUCUGCCAAGAAAGAAGAGAUGGAUUGCGACGUUCUACUGGUUUGUGUUGGUCGCCGUCCCUUCACGAAGAGUUUAGGUCUUGAAGAAAUGUCCAUCGAACUCGACCAGAGAGGAAGAAUUCCGGUCAAUUCACGUUUCCAGUCCGUUGUCCCCAACAUCUACGCCAUUGGUGAUUGCAUUCUCGGCCCCAUGCUGGCCCACAAAGCUGAAGAUGAAGGCAUCAUCUGUGUCGAAGGAAUUGCAGGAGGAUCCGUUCACAUCGACUACAACUGCGUACCUUCCGUCAUUUACACACACCCUGAAGUUGCUUGGGUUGGAAAAUCCGAAGAGGACUUGAAAUCAAUGGGAGUUGAAUACAAAAUUGGUAAAUUCCCCUUCGCCGCCAACAGCCGCGCCAAGACAAACGAUGAUACCGAUGGUAUGGUUAAAAUCUUAGGAGACAAGACUACUGAUCGGCUUCUUGGAGCUCACAUAAUUGGACCCGGUGCCGGCGAAAUGAUCAACGAAGCCGCAUUAGCCAUGGAAUAUGGUGCUUCCUGCGAAGACAUUGCCCGCGUUUGCCACGCCCAUCCGACCUGCUCGGAAGCACUGAGGGAAGCCAGUCUUGCAGCUUUCUCCGGCAAAGCCAUCAAUUUCUCAUAAGCGUUAGCAAGCUUAGAUUAUAAUAUAGAUAAUUCUAUGGAUUCCCCCAUUCUUUAACUGCAGUCCUUGUAUGAGGUUGUAUGUGUGUAAAAAAAGAAACAAGCUUAAAUAUAAACGCCUAACAUAAAA